CCCCAGCGCCAGUUACCCUCUGACUCUGGUUGGGAGUGGACGUGCGCGACGACCGCCGACACGGCAGCCUCCUCCCCGGCCCCCAUCUGGCCCGCUUCCGUAGUGCGCUCUUCUCUCGCCGGACUGUGAGAUCUCCAGCACCACAGGCGACAAAUGCUACCCACAUAACGUGUUUUGUUUCUUCCGCUGGACUGGAGGUAGUUCCGCACCACCAGACAAGAAGACAGCUAUUACAAACAUUUACAAGUUUCAUGGAUGAUUUAAGGAAAUCUUUAAAGGAGCGGCAUUGCCAACGAGGCGAAUGAGCCAUCACGAACCUGAUCGACUGGUUUCAGCUCGUCGCAAGUGCAGAGUGACCGGAUAAACUCAACCUCGUUCACUGUGUAGCCACAUGCUGUAAACUUUGCACUAUGGCUUAACAAUGUAUUGAUCGUGCGACAAGUGCUUUUUGCAGUGUUUUCAGUGUCAUUCCAGCGUGAAGCAGGGAGGUGUUCACUGAACUUCCAGCACACACACCUCGCUGCGGAGGAAACUUUCACUUCCAAUCGUCGAGAAUUCCUUCAUGUCCUCAGCCAAGAUAAAUGUCUCCGCUGCAUCGGAGAAAAGAUGAGGACCGUGGCGAGCUGACAAGAGUAAUGGACGUCCCAACAAUGCUGGCCGUAAUUCUGUACUUUUUCAUACCCUCAGCAACAUCGGGAGCGAUUCUAAACGACGAGGCUGGCGGCCAUCACCCCCACCAGCACAACUCGCUCCCCCCCUUCGUGGACGUGCUGCCCCCGGGACCCUUCUAUGACGUGGAGAGAUCAGCCAACGUCACAGCACUUGUGGAGCAACCAGCGGAGCUCAACUGCCGCGUGAACAAGAUCGGCAACAGAACGGUAUCCUGGCUGCGGCACCGGGACACACACCUGCUGACGGUGGGACCCUACACAUACACGUCCGACCAGAGAUUCCGCGCCGUGCACACCCCGGGCUCCGAGGACUGGACGCUGACGGUGAAGUUCGCUCAAGUGCGGGACUCUGGCAUGUAUGAGUGCCAAGUGUCCACCACCCCGCCCAUGAGGCACUACAUUUGGCUCACUGUUGUAGAGCCCAAAACGACCAUAUUUGGGGGCCCGGACGUAUUCAUCAACCGGGGCAGCAACAUCAACCUGACCUGCGUGGUGGACUACACGCCCAAACCGCCAUCUUACGUCAUUUGGAAACACAACAAUAAGGUGAUCACGUACGACAGCGAGCGAGGUGGCGUGAGCGUGGUGACGGAGAAGGGUCCACGCACCACCACGAACUUAUUGGUGCGCGGCGCUUUCCCGAAGGACUCCGGCUCCUACUCCUGUAAUCCCAGCAGUGCACCCGUCGCCGAAGUGGUCGUCCAUAUUCUUAAUGGUGAACACCCCGAGGCGAUGCAGCAUGGCGGGCACUCCCCCUCUGAAGUGUCUGCGCUGCUGCUGGGGGCUGCCGUCACCCUGGCUGCCGCACUCAAUUAGGUCCGGGAGUGGGCAGCGUCACCCUCACCACACGACGCGAGGCAUACUCCCGCUCCUGACCACCGCGGCAAAACAAGGACCACUGAUCGCUUCGGACAGAACAGCGAACUCUGGUGUGGUGCUUCGGGGCUUCGGGUUCAGCCUGCCUCGAACUCCCUCGUCACUGAACAUUUACAAUCGUACACUCGAGUCUCCCGCGCGUGUACCGGUGCAUGGGGAUGAAACGUUCUAUUUGCUCAGUCGACUUAAAGUUUGGCCUCCACGUGACAAGUGCAAGUGAUGUAAAGAACCGAUUUAAAAAAUAAACUUGGAACGAGCGGACUGAUGGAAAUUGAGGUGCAAAUAAAGUCACAGAUUGAAAACAUAGGAAAAUAUACUUGAGAGGGACUUGUUGAAAAAAACUUUGGCUCUAACGCUCUUAUACUCCCCCUCCCACCCGUUCCCCCCGAAGCCAUGAUCCGAUCCCCCUCCUCCCAUCCCUGGCUACCCUCCCUGACACCGCCUCCACUACCAUCACUACCACCACCACCGCCGCCGCCGCCGCCACCGCUGGCCUGGACUGGCAAGAAUAACAGGAAAUAAGAUUGCCACAAGACUGAUCAUACUCAUACGAAAGGAAGAUUUUAAACAGCGUUGUCUUCCCAAGACACAAAAAAAGGCACACACAAACACACAUACACAAAAAAAAGGCCCCCUGUUCUCCAAUCUCAUGGUAAGAAAGGCUACGUUCAUAAUUCACACACACACACACACACACACACACACACACACACACACACACACACACACACACACACACACACACACGUUUCUCACACUAUACACAAGAGCCUUCCCAAAAUUACUGGAAGAUAAAAUGAAACAACGAAAAUCUCAAGACACAACUUCCAUGAAACAACAGCGAACACCGUAACAAAAAUAGAAUGAGAGAGAGAGAGAGAGAGAGAGAGAGAGAGAGAGAGAGAGAGAGAGAGAGCAAGAACAACACAGGCCUUACCCCUCCGCCCCCUCAACAAAGUGUCCUCGCACCCAAGCGCGGCCGACGACGGGCCACGGUUUUUCACAACUUGAGUUUCUGCAAAAUUAUGAGGACCGACACAGUUCCAGGAAAUAAUGGAAGAGAAGUGUGGAGGUGAGAGGAAGGGAGGGAGGAAGAGGAGGAGGAAGAGGAAGAAGAGUUACGUGAGGGAACGUAUGGCGGGGGAGGAAAGAAGUGAGAGAGCCUCCCAAAACGACUAUAUUGUAAAGAAGAGUGGAAAGGAGGAGGUGGAGGAAGAGAAGGAGGAGAAGAAGGAGGUGGAGGAGGAAAGAAGAAACUUGUCGUAAUGGAAAGAGACGGAAAAGAAAACGUGAAGUAAAAGUGUUAGAGAAGAAAAAGAUAUGAAAGACGAUACAACUUGAGGGGAAGAUGUGAGAUUUGAAGUAAAUAUUAAUAACGAAGAUAAGAAAAUAAAGAUAUCACGUGCCAGAGGGAGAGGCGGAGGCAGUGGACGAUAAGACAAUAAAAAAAAGUGGUAGUUUGUUUCGUACUGGAGUGAGAGUGAAGGAGAGAGAAAAUAUAUAAAAGCAAAGAAAAAAAAAGGGGGCUCAAGGGAGAAAGAGAAAAAGAGAAAAUGGAUGAAAACUAAAUUAAUGCCAUGUGGAGAGAGGAGAACUAUCGAGAACAGUGACAUUUGAGGCAACGUGUGCAGACAAAAAAAGAAAAAGAAAUAGCCAAAUUCAAAUGCCAAUGCACUUCCUAAAUAAUGAAAGCAGACAUCGAUUAGUGACGCACAGAACACGUCAGUCACCCGCGGAACCAAUAGCGAGGUAGGGUGACACAUGGUGCAAGUGAGUCAGGGAAGAAUCGAACACAAGUACCUAUGAGUUAGCAUAAAAUUACAAAAAUAAUAAGAGGGUCCAGGUAACACUGAGUAAAGAAUAAUAUUAACAUUUUCUUUUAUCAAGUUAGGAGUAAGGAUGGACUGAUGUUGGAGAGGUCAAAGGUGAGAAGGGCAAGGAUACUCAUGACUAUGACCUUCUCACCACCUGUGUCUGUUGCCGGCGCAGGACUUCAGGCGGCGCUGGUGUGAGCCGCUGCCGAGAUGUACAAUAAACUGUGAAUACUAUUUAAUGCUCCAAACUUAUUUAGCGUAGAGGUAAGGAUCCCCGCCCAGCCGGCAGGACUGUGAGGCGGCAGAGCUGAGUGACGUGCGUUGCGUUGGAGUAGCGAGGCGAGACAGCUUCCCUCUGGCCCUGACGUUUUCCUUUAUUUAUCCUCCUUUUUCAUGGUGACGGGAAGUUUACGUGGAUUAAAGGGACGGGACGCCGAUGUUAUAAAAACGAGAGUGAUAAGAGAUAUUUUUCACCACUUUUUCGAGAUACAACUAACUUUUCUUUUUGUGGCACGUACACGACUACUGCUACAACUACUGCAGGUGUUCUGCGUGAGUGUGAGGGAGUCCCUGAGGAGUGGUCGUCCCUCUUUGUUACUGUUAUCAUUACGAGUUACCUUACCUUUGAUUUCAUUCCUUUCAUCCCAGCCGAUUCAUGUGUACAUAUUCGCCUUUCUGGUAAAAAAAAAAAAAAAGUCGAUCGCAUCGGAAGGGACAUAUACGUAUAUACAUAUAUAUUUUCUUUUUCGACGAUAUAGAUGACGGUAGCUAUUAUACGUACAAGAACAUGGAGAUCUAAUUUGUACAUUGACCUAAAAAUACAGAAUUGGACACAAACUACCUGCCUGUCUGUCUGUUUGUCUGUCUGUCUGUCUGUGUCUGUCUACAUGUUAUGCCACAUUUUUUCAUUCACGGAACUCAACCAGCGCAUUUGUCUCUCAAGGAUAUAAUGCCACGAUAAGCCUUAGUUACCUCUCCCUUCCACGAGGUCCUGGACGCGGCGCCGACACGAGGCAGCUGCACACACCACCCACCUGACUCCUACUCCACCUCCUAGGUAUAAUUCAUAAGAGGAAGUGGAUUAUUUUUGUGUUUUGUUGAUUCAUAUUCUGUAAUUGAUCCCACAGCUUCACACAUCUACCUACUUACUCACCUACCUACCUACCCACACACACACACACACACACACACACAGACACACACACUCAAACUUUCCACAUCCACCUAUCGUUUUUGUUCCCCACUACUCUCCAUUCCCCAAUUUUAAAGCCUCUCCUUAUCUUUUUUUUUUUUUCUCCAUGUCCACAACACCACACCAUGUUGCCACUAUGUACGCCACAGUUACCAUCACUAUCAACACCACACCACCUGUCCAUCUUCUCACCACCAUUUCAUCUCUUCACCACCUUGUUACUCGGCUUCUGCAUCACCUUCAUCAUAUUCACCAUCACAUAUACACCACCUAGUCACCACCACCACCACCACCAUCAAUGCAAUCCCACACCACUGCAAUAUCUCAUAUUUAAGAAUCUUCACGUCAUAAUAAUGCUAAUCACCGUGACACUAAGACAUUCAAAUAAAUGCUUAAGUUGCCAACUGUUACCACCACCAUCACCACCACCACCACUAAACUACCGCAUAACCACACUGCAAAUUAUGUUCCUGCGCUCCAGAUUUUGUGCUUAAUCUAGUUACAAAUAAUUGAGUCAGAAAUUAAGACGCAAUUUUGUUCCAAGUCAGAUAAUCGCCGGAUGGAUUUACGGCUGAGAAUCCUGAUUGUGUGCGAGGAAGGAAAGAAGGAAGUGAUGAAAAAAUGGAGAAAUGGAAAUGGGAGGGAUGAUAUACGUGGGAAGUGGUUGGAAUGAGACGCAGAGGGAAGGCAUAGUGAUACCAAACAUUUACUAUUUUUUCAGGAUUACGUGACAAAUAAGCGUAAAGAGAGGGAAGGGUAUGAUAAACAGGAAAAUAUUAAUAACUGUCACUCUAAUCAUAAACCUUCAAAUACAAAAAAAUAUAUAUAUACAUAUAUAAUGAAUUAUACCAACUCCCGGGGAAAAUAUCUUCAAUUAAUAGGACUUCAAAGGACACAUACAUGAAUUAAUCAGACAGGUGCGAAAUGGCCGCGAGAGGAGGAAGACGAGCGUGACCAAACUAAAGGCCGAGGCAUGUUACAAUAGCCCCUGUUGUUAUGUUAUUGUGUUCUCACGUUUUCCUGAGGUUCGAGCAUCUUAGGGCUCGGACGCACGCACACGCAGCUGUCUUAGGGAACACCUGCGUGGCCUGCCAACAGUACCCUUUCCGUUCCCAGCUCGGUCACCUGUGUAACAUAUUAUCCAUCUUAACGCGUCUCCUUGUGAUUGCAGACCCCGCGCGCCCCCGCUGGAGGGCGCCGCGCCUGUACAUUACCUCACGGAUUGUUCUUUGUAAUGACCAAACAUCCAGCAGUGUGCGGCGGCAGUGACGGACACGAGAAGGGACACAGACCCAACACUCCAAGUCUCUUUUUACAUAUCGACUGUGUAGCGUGACGCCGCCUCACCCUCACGCCCGGUGGCUCAUUCUGUGUGUGGACGUUUUGUAAAAUAAAGUUUGUAAAUACACGUUUACUCUCAAA